AUGCCUAGCGUGCCAAAGUAUGAUGGAACUUCUAACCCUCGGGAGCAUAUUACCAGCUAUACAACAGCGGUGAAGGGGAAUGAUUUAGCUCCUCACUACAUUGAAUCUGUUUUGCUGAAGAAAUUUGGAGAGACUCUCACGGGAGGAGCUUUGACGUGGUAUUCACCGUUACUCGAGGAUUCCAUAAAUUCUUUUGAGAUGCUUGCAGAUUCUUUUAUUAAGGCUCAUGCCGGGGACAGAAAGGUGCAGGCCCGAAAGAACGACAUAUUCAGAAUUUCUCAAGGAGAAUCCGAGUUGAUGCGAGAGUUCGUUACCCGGUUCCAAAAAGAGAGGAUGUUGCUCCCAGGUGUUCCAUACGAAUGGGCGGCUGAAGCAUUCACCAAAGGACUGGAUCUGAGAAGUUCAGAUGCUUCCCGAAAACUGAAGGAUAGUUUGCUUGAGUUCCAAGCAACUAUUUGGGCGGAUGUCCACAACCGGUACGAGUCAAAGAUAAGGAUCAAAGAUGAUCAGGUCGGUUUCCGGUCGUCGGCAAAGGGACGGGAGAAGAAUAAAGAAAAAUCAAAAGACGACUUCGACACGGACAGACGAAGGUCUGAUCGCGGUUGGAACAAUAGAUCAUUGCAGGACAAGGAAACGCCAGGUACACGGGAUCCUUCCUACCCCAGGCUAUCAGAAUACAAUUUUAAUGUCAGCGUAGUAAAGUUGGUAUCAGCUAUGAGAAACAUCAAAGAAGCAUGGUUUCCGAAGCCGAUGAGAUCCAAUCCCAGCCAGAGGGAUCCCAACUUGUGGUGUGAAUACCACGAAACGAAUGGACACCAGACUGGGGACUGCCGACAUCUCCAGGAAAAAGUGGCGACACUGUUGAAGAAUGGUCAUCUUAGAGAAAUCUUGAGUGACCGGGCGAAGAACAAUUAUGGUCGCAACCGGGACAACGCGUAA